CCAGCCUUUGUGCGAGCCAGAGGAGACAAGGCACUUGCUGCUUACCACAGGGCAAUUGAGACUGGUGGAAGCACAUAUGAUAAACGUGUCAAGGUUUUGCUCGUAGGGCAAGACCGUGUGGGCAAAACGAGCGUCGGUAAAGCUCUAAGAGGUGAACCUUUUAAUGAAGCCGAACUCAGUACCGAGGGAGUGCAAAUGAUCCCUGCUAUCAAAAAUGCUGGAACAGGCGCGUGGAGAAAUCCAUCUCUUCUUGAACACACAACAGUAUUUGAUCAUAAGGUUGCUGCAAAGACUGCUGAGAAUUUAUUAAGCAAACAUUUGGAGCAGCCAGCAAAGAAGCGACCAAGAAUUGAAGUGUCUAACAGAACAGAUCAGUUUGAUCAGUUUGUUCAAGGUGGUAAGCGUCCCAAACAUUUUCUCUUAAUUUAUUUUUUCUCUCAGUGAAAAUUAUUUCAAAAGAAUCCUUGAGCUCGAGAGGUUCUUUCUUAAAAGUUCUGACAGCGUUCGGCCCCUGAAAGCUCAUUUAAGAGCUCAUUGGGAAAGAUUUAAAUUUUCUUUGAAGAAAAGAACAUGUCUUUGGUUUGCUUAAACGGGCUAGAAAUAUCCAGAAAACACACUUUUUCUACGACACAAAAUUAAGGCAAUCGUGGGCAAAACGUCAAAACAGAUACAGUGCUUGUAUGGGCGAAAAAUCGGAAAAACUGGCCGCUUAAUACAUGGCCGCAGCGUUAUAUGCAAUUUUCUAGGGAAUGUAUAAAAAGUUGCUGAAGGAAAAAAGUUUCAUCAGUGAAAUGGUUCUGAGAAAUCAAAACCGAAUAACCUUUGGGUUGGUGGCAUUAACCCUUCCCCUUGCUCUCGCCCGGAAUAGGCUAAUUAAACACGGAUGGAUUUCUUUUAUAAGAUAUUAUCUAGUCCCGCAACGGGGUCCUAAAAAUUUAGACAGAACGUAUAAAGAGAACAAGUUAGUAGACUCAUAGGCCAUCAGAGGAAAUUUGCCACUCUGACGUCCGAUCUUUGAAGCCCUGAAGGUCGAUAAUCUGUGAGCGUUGUACAGGCUAUGUAUUUCAACACGAAUUUCUUACAUUCCACGCUUUUGUUUUUCUAUAAUCACACAGAAGACCCUAUUUUGUCAGCUGAUGAAGGGAAAUCUCAACUCCGCCAACAGGAAGAAGUUCCUAGUGAGGUCAAGGAAAACCAGGCCCAGAAAAAUCGCAUCAAAUAGCCUUGGUGCCCCAGAAGACACACAGACAAGCUUUAAUUUCAAUGAGUCAUACAUUGGCUCACUUGAAGCUACCAUAAACUCAGACUUUAUAAACAUCAGGCUUUAAGAUCCUUAAGUUCUCCUCAUGUUGAAAUUGAAUGAAAAGGAAAAGUUAGAGCUAAUUUUCUCUCAUUUUCAAUUUUUUAAUCUUAGCCCAGAUAUGGGCUAGUCAAGGGAGCUAGGCCUUAUUAGUUAUAUCUUAAAUAAUUAACACAUGUGCAGUAGAAAAUACCAAAAACAAAAUUUAUGAAAAGCAAAAAUGAGUGCAAGCAUGGAAGUAUCAGAAGCAGAAAAUUCACUUCAAUGUCUCAGAGAGAAAAAGCAGUUUUAGAUAUGACUUUCUCAAACUCAUUAAUAAUUCAUCAAGAAAAUUCAAAGGAAAUUAAUGUUUAAUGAGUGUUUGGAUAUCAGAUGAAAAACUGCUCAUUUUUGCAUCCUUAAUUUCUCCUUCAAAAAUGAUUUUGUUUGAGAAGAAAUAUCAAACAUUCGACACAGUGUUUCAUCACCAGAUGAAACACCUCGGAGUUCGUCAAAAAUACUCCUCUGCGCGUCGUAUUUUCAACUCUCUUCUCGGUGUUUCAUCUGGUGAUGAAACACUGCAUUACAUGAUCUUUGCUUUGCUAAGUAUUUUCACUGUUGUGUGCAUAUUUGCAAUUUUCUAGUAUGUAGAAGUGUGGGGAGUAAAGGGAAGGAUCUUUCAUGGUUAGGGUUACCUCAAUAAAACACAUCUGUAAUAUGAAACAUCCUAUACCACACUCCUGUUUUGGCUCAUCUAAUUCUUUAUUUUAGAAGUAUAAGGGGCAUCUUGGAGUCAAGAGCCUCCAUAUUACAAAAUUCUGCCUACAUCCCUGAAUAAGUUAAGGCAUCACAUAGAUUUAAUAGAUGUCAUUUCUUGAGUUUGGGUCUUCAGUUUUAUAUCAUCUAGUCAAAAAAGGAAACUUACAAUUUCAUAGCCCUGGGUGGGAUAUCUUUGAAAUUUUAUCAGUCGCAGAAUUAGGGCACUGCACCUGCUUUGGCCACUGGUGGUUAGGAUGGGGUAUCUCUGAAAAGUAAUCACUGGCAGAAUCACUGCACUAAGGUUACACAUCUCUGAAAAACAGGGCGUUCCUGAACCAUAACUGACGUGAUAUUGCAAGGGGAUUGUCGCAAGAACUGCAGUUAUGACUAUAUAAACAGACUAGCAUUUAGACCUUUUUUUCACAGCGUUUUAUUCAAAUCGUAAGCGUCGGACGUUUUGUACUCGGUCACAACUUACAUGAAGAGAUUUUUUCCCAGUUAUCCAGUGUUUAACAGAGGAGUUUUGCAGCCGUUACACAGAACCCCAUCGACGUGUCCGCGCGCAAGCCAAAACACGAAACAAUAAUCCCUCAUGGACCACAAACCGCUCAAAAUUGUGAGUGAUCUGCGACUUAUUAGCCUUGAGACCAAUCUCGCAUAUUACAAAGAAGACUUUGCCUUAUCUGCACUCCACAAAGAUAGAACAGAUGACUAAGACGAUGGUAAUUUUUAAAAGAGGUGCCAUUUUUCUUUGCUGCAUUCGCUGCGAUCCAAUACCACCACAAACUUCCGUCCAGCGGCUCGCGCAUACUCGCAACGUUACCACUUGCUGUUUUAACGUCGAAUAUCAACAAUCGAAAUAAGCUGCAACUGAUUCGAAUUAUUUGAAACGUCAUGCUUUACUCGCAGCAAUUCACUUUCCUUUGGAAGCUACUAGUAAGGCGAACUCGAGAUUUUAUCAGCAGGUAAGGUAGAAAAACAAGAGUAUACUUUUGCUCCUCUUUAUUUUAUGACAAAUAUAGGAAGCACUUACUAGUGAUUUCAACAAGUAUUUUUCGGUGGUGUCCCAUGUUUCAGUCAGACAAUCGAAAGGCUGGAUUUGCAUUAGCGGGAAUACUAGAAGAGCUUCACUAAUAAAACAGAAAAUUAUUCUUUUUUGUUUCAGAAGACCAAGACCUUGAAAAUCAAAAGAAGCCAUUUGGCGUUCCAGAUGAAAUUGCCAUAGUAUUAGAAGAACACCUCGGGAAAAAUGAGGCUGACAAUGAUGAAAAAAUUUGGCCCAUCAUUUGGGAUUUUGCUGGACAGGACAUCUAUCGUGCUAUACAUCCAAUCUUUAUGUCCUCAGAUGACAUUUAUCUUCUCGUGUUUGAUCUUACAAAGAAAUUGAGUGAAAAAGCAGAAUGUCGAGUCAAUGUGAGACACAAAGAGCUUACUGCAACAGCCCGCGAUAGUGAGGACACCAAUUUGGAUCACUUGUUUAGGUGGAUGGACUUGAUUCACUCUUUAAAGAAGAAUUUUCAGAGCGAUGGUCUUUCGUAUCCUCCAGUCAUACUUGUCGGUACUCAUGCUGACUGUGUAGACGAUCCACGUCAAGCAAUUGAAUCUGUAGUAAGAGAGAAGUGUUCAAGUGUGUUCGAUGAAUACACUUAUUUACCACACAUCGCAGAUUGUCUUCCGAUUGAUAACACAAAAUCUGGAAAAUCAGCCGACCAGGAGGAAAUCAGUGAGUUGCGAAAAAAGAUCUUGGAGUUGGCUGAUAAAAUGCCUCAUACCAAGAGGGAAAUCCCUUUGCAAUGGCAUCGUGUCGAGAAAGAAAUCAGCCAACCUGUCUGGCAAAAACAAAAGUACCUCCAAAAGGAAUCUUUUCGAAAAGAUAUUGUUUCGCACUACUGCACUUUUGAGAGUGAAGACGACUUUGAUGAGCUUGUGUAUUUUUUGCAUGGCCGUGGAACAAUAGUGUACCAUGAACAUGAACAGGAUGAACAGAAAUUUGGUCUGAUUGUCUUGGAUCCCCGGUGGUUAAUCAAUGUACUCUGUGAGAUUAUCAAAGUGCAACCGGAUCAGAAAGAACCCUGGUAUUUAAGACAAGAUCGCAGGAAAUUAGCAGAAGAAGGAGUUCUUCGUGAGCGGUUGAUUAAUUAUACCUGCAGCAAAAAAAAUGUGUGUCCUAUUAAAGACUCUUUUAUUUCCUUAAUGGAUAAGUUCAACCUCAUUUGCAAGUGGCCAGAAAAAACAAAAGAAACUGAAACAGGAGAAUCGCAAAUCCUGGUCCCUUGUAUGCUGACUACCUAUCAUAAAGAAAAGGCAAAAAAUGAAACGGAUUACGCUUCAGCGAUAUACCUCACAUUUCAAACUAAAUAUGUGCCAAGUGGACUUUUCUGCCGACUAGUUGUCCUUUUUGGGAAAACUCCUCACUUUAAAAAUAUGCGCAGCCUUUGCGCUAAUGAAGCCAAAAUUGCCUUGGACAAUGAAAACCAUGUUCUUCAAUUGUUGUGCUACAAAGCAGUUAUUAAGCUGCAAAUUUUUGCAGACCAUGGCAGUACUCCUCCACAAGAGCUUUAUGAUCUUGUUUUAAGGUAAGCACUCGUGACUAAAUUAUAAAUCCGUUCCUGGUAGCUUGUGUUUUUUUUGUGUGUGAACAUGAGGCAUGUAUCUCCUGUUAAGUCCAGUGUUGAAUCCCCCUUUAGUGAUCACAAUAAUAGUGAAUACUGAGAAAGAUCCUUUAGAUGAGGGAGCUUUCUUUUCAGUUCAAUUCAGUUAGGAUCAGUUUACUUAACAUACGAGUCCUUCAAGUGAUUCAGAUAGAAGCUAAACUGCUGUUUUCCGAGCUUCCCUUCCACUGUUGAACAUAUUCUCUCUUUUUGUAGCCAGUUGAGUGAAUUCUUGAAAAAGCUACGAAAGGAGUGUCACUGGCUGCGUUUAAUGUCUGAGAAGUUGUGCGCUCGAUGCACAGUUUGUAUGGGAAAAGAGACAGAGCCCUGCGUCCGGCACGAAAAAAGUUCAUGUUGGCACCAUGACUGUGGCCAUUACAUACCUUUGACGGACGGUAGACUCCUUUGUUGUCAGCCGGGUCAAAUGCUGGAAAAGGAACCGCUGGUACCUUGGAUUAGAGCCAUUGAACACGUGUCCAAG